GUUUGUGCGCAUGCGGGGGUCAGGGUUGACAAGCUCCACACAGUCGUGGAAGGAGUGCGGUGGCUAAGCUAACAGUAACCACCGCAACUAGCUACAUGUGGAGGGUAAAACGGGAGGCAUCCCCGACCCCAACUCUGUCCAAAUUCCUCCGUUUUACCCCAAAAUACUCUUGAGUUCAGCCUCAUCGAAAAUAAGGGAUAUUAUCUUUUUACAAUGAAAGGUAGCCGGAUCGAGCUGGGGGAUGUUACGCCCCACAACAUAAAGCAGUUGAAACGCCUGAACCAGGUCAUCUUCCCUGUCAGCUACAAUGACAAGUUUUACAAAGAUGUACUGGAAGUUGGAGAGCUUGCAAAGCUAGCAUACUUCAAUGACAUUGCGGUGGGUGCUGUGUGCUGCAGAGUGGACCACUCUCAGAACCAGAAGAGACUGUACAUCAUGACGUUGGGCUGUCUAGCACCCUACCGUAGACUUGGAAUUGGUACAAAGAUGCUGAAUCAUGUGCUAAACAUCUGUGAGAAGGAUGGCACUUUUGACAACAUUUACCUUCAUGUGCAGAUCAGCAAUGAGUCAGCCAUUCACUUUUACCAGAAGUUUGGCUUUGAGAUCAUCGAAACAAAAAAGAAUUACUACAAGAGGAUAGAGCCCGCAGAUGCCCAUGUGUUGCAGAAGAGCCUGCGCAGCCCAUGUGCACCGCCCAGUGGAGAGCUUCAGAAGGCAGAGUAGGGGCACAGUGUUUGGCGAGAGCACAGUUGUGCCAGCCUCCACAGAAACAGAACUGUGACAAACGCCCCGGGGUCGACAAUUCAACACAGGACGCCAAAAACGAAACAAAUUUAAAGUACAAAAAAUGCUGCAUUUCUUUUGCAAAGGGGUCCCCUGUUUUUGCAUAUUUUAUUGCUUUGUGUCCUCGUACAGAUAAUUGGAAAACAACAACAAAUUUAAAAUUCAAAAGCGCUCCAAUUGACAUGGUUGCCAACUUUAGAGUUGGUGCAAGGAGAGGGUGUGGUGUUUUGCAAAUCAUACUGUUUGUGUUUGAGUUGUUUUUAUGCGGUUAUAAAAGCUAAUUGGGACAUAUCUUUACUGUUGACCAGAAAUAAAACCGUUGGUUAGAGCCUGCACAAAAGUACUAGCUGGUCAGCUUGGAGUGAUGCUUUGAGUUGUAAGGUGGGGACGGUCACAACUCGAUCCCCUCAGCACCUGAAACUUGGGAAUUAUGGUAAAUUAGUCUGACCAGCUUUUCAAUGUUCUGAACAGAGUUCGGGUGUAAAGAAGGCUGAACAGUUUUGAGGUGGUGGAAAGACACUGUCACCACUCAUAGUUUCUGAAUAACUUUAUUUUCCAGCCUGUUAAUUUAAUUCCCCAUCAACAUUUCUAUUUUUUACAUUAAAACGGCAAGUGGUUCAGAGGUUCUCCUGGGUUAACUAAGACUGAAAAAAUUCUAGAAAAAGCAAAACAAACUUAAUAUUGCAUUGAAGGUGUUUCUGAAAAGGGCACUCGCAUAGUUUUGGUGGUUAAAUUUGCCCGCUUUGGAUUUGAUAUGGGCAUUUCUUUUGGUAGUAUAACGAAGGUGUGUUAGGAUCUCUAAGGAAUGGAAGUAUUUUGGGACAUCUUACCAUAAACAUGUUUGAGCCCUUUCCAGAAUUUGUCCUCUAUAGCUACCUGCCUCAGUCGGCUUCUGUUAAACACAACACCUUUCUGAUACUUUGGCAAUAUUGGUAUUGUCCCUUGAAAAGUGUUUAACCCAGAGGAAGCUCUGUCCCCUCUGCAUGCAAGGAGAGUUGUGUCCUCUCCACUGUAGUAUAACGUUAAGCAUGUUUUUUCCUUUCUUUGAAGAAUUUUAUCUUUUCUGGAGCUCUAUAUUGUAAGACUUUUUAACGUCUAAAUAAAGGAAUUACUAUUUGCAGUA